AUGGGUAAUUCUGAGGAACAGCCAAGAACGGCGCCGGCUCCUACACCCGAAGCCAUUGAGCUGAACGCUUCGCCAAGUGUCCGUUCUAAUUCCAGCCAAAGAGAUCCUGAGUCGAGCCUGCAAGCAUGGCUCUGUGUUGUGGGAUCCUUUCUAUUUCUCUACCCAUCCUACGGAUUCAUGCAAUCUGUUGGGACUGUCCAGUCUUACCUCCAACUGAACCAACUCAGCUCCUUUUCAGCUCGUGAUCUUGGGUGGAUUAGUGGUAUCUUCACCUCACUUGGGCUUCUACUUGGCAUUCAAGCCGGGCCUCUGAUGGAUGCGUACGGCACGAAACUUUUGGCGCCAAUCUCCGCGGCAACAAUGGUCCCGGUGUUCUUCCUCCUGGGAGAAUGCAAAGAGUACUGGCACUUCAUUCUCUGCUUAGGUGUCCUAGGCGGAAUUGGUGGUGCUCUUUCAUCAACUGUCGCACUUGCCGUCAUUGGGAAGCUUUUCAACCGUCGACGAGGACUAGCAAUGGGCAUUGCAUUGUCGGGCUCUUCUUUCGGAGGAGUUACAUUAUCAAUGAUGUUUAGAUCGCUCCUUCCAAAGUUAGGCUGGCAGUGGGCCAUGAGAGCGGCUGGGUUUCUAGUGCUCGGCGUAAUGUUUCUCGGUGUUUUGUGUUUUCUUCCGUAUCCUAGUCUGGUUACAUCCUCGUCGUCGGCACCCGUUGGAAGGAAAGCGGCCACGCUCAACUUUUCAGCCUUCAAGUCACCCCCCUUUGACUUCAUGACCAUGGGGUUGUUCUUGCUCGAAUUUGUCUUAUUUGGCAUAACCGGCUUACUUCCCACCUUCGCAAUUGCUGCCGGUUUUCCCUCCAACGUUGGAUUCUCACUCAUUGCAAUUCUCAACGGAUGUUCAUGCCUUGGGCGCAUCGCAUCGGGUAUAGCUGGAGAUCGAUUCGGUCAUCUUAACGUUCUUCUUUUCAUGAUCAUCUUCACCGUUAUUUUCACUACGGUGGUUUUAGUACCUUUCGGAACUAAGUAUAUCGGAGCUCUGUAUACGUUCUCGGCCUUGUGGGGUUUUGGUUCGGGAUCGUUUCUUUCUAUAACACCGGUCUGCCUUGGAAAAAUUUGCGAGCCAAAGGACUACGGAAGAUAUCUAGGCACCAUGAAUUUUGUUGUCAGCUUUUCUCUCUUAAUAACAGUGCCAAUUGGAGGACAGAUGCUUGAAUCCAUGGGCGGAACUGCGCUCUCUGGAUUUUAUGUGGCUAUCGUCUUCCUGGGAGGCGUUUCGUACUUUGCUGCAAGGUCCCUUCUUGUUGGUGGAUGGUUUACACUUAACACCAGAAUUUAA